AUGGCGACUUCAAUACGAGCUCGGUCGUUACGAUCCUGCAGGUCACCGAUUCAGUGUCACUUCUCCCGUUGGUCCUCCACUCAGAGUCAAAAUUGGGCUGGUCGUCCGUUCGACGUCGCCAGAGACAAUGUCGCGCAGCUGGCUGCGAGUCCUCGCCGGCCUCUGACCCUAACAGAUUUACUAAAGCAUGGUCGUCCUCCAUUGGAUGAGGAGGCUCUUUUGGCCUCGGCCAACUUCACACUCUCCCUCCUCCCCGCCCGACUGGCUUCCCGCAUACAGGCAUUACGGAACCUACCUUACAUUGUCGUCUCCAAUCCACAUGUUUCCAAAAUCUACCAUAAUUAUCUCCAUUCGCUAUCGACUCUCUUGCCUUACCAACAGCGUCGCAUCACAACCCUUGAAGAAGAAAACCAAUUUGGAGAUGUAUUGGCAGACCUUGUCCAGACACACACUAACACUAUUCCCGUUCUCGCACGUGGAUUCUUGGAAUGCAGGAAAUACGUCAGUCCAGCAGAUGUAACAAGUUUCCUUGAUACCCAUCUGCGCGCGCGUAUUGGUACACGUUUGAUCGCCGAGCAGCAUCUGGCACUUCACUAUGCCUCCCAGCCAAUAGGCGGCGACUCAUCCACCGCUCCCGGUACCCCUGCACCCAAGAACUCGAUUCCACCGAAUUACAUCGGUGUCAUAGAUACGGCUUUGCAGCCAGCGCGCAUCAUACGGACAUGCGAGGAUUUUGUCGGUGAGAUCUGCGAACUCAAGUAUGGAGUUCGGCCGAGCCUGGAGAUUGGCGGGGAACCUGAAGCCACCUUUGCUCAUGUCCCCGUACACGUCGAGUAUAUCAUCACGGAACUUUUGAAAAAUGCGUUCCGGGCGACCGUUGAGAAUGGAAAUCAGCGCGAACCUAUUGAAGUGACGAUCGCUGCAGCGCCAGAUGUGCCGGGGGACCAGCCGCCCACCCCGGGAGACAAUGAUAAUAGCACUGAUACUGGGUUUGAGUUGGACUCGGAGGGUGAUGGGGCCAAUCGGAAUGAAAAGAUUGGUCACUCGACCCCUUCUUCGCAGAGUAUCACAAUCCGCAUCCGUGAUCGAGGGGGUGGUAUUCCGGCUGAGGUCCUGCCCCAUAUUUGGUCCUACAGUUUCACAACCUUCUCGGAAGAUGAUUUCCAAAGCCAGGAAAGCGGAAUGGAUGCCCUGAAUACCAUCUCUGCCAGUGGUGGGAACCAAAGCACCAUUGCAGGUCUCGGUUAUGGACUCCCCCUUAGCAGGGCGUAUGCUGAAUAUUUCGGUGGUAGCAUUGCUGUGCAGAGCUUGUGGGGAUGGGGAACGGAUGUUUACUUGACGCUUCAGGGGGUUGGCAGAGUUGAUUGA